AUGUUCAGGACCAAUGCACUUCCUCGGUCCCUCCGUCUUACUCUUCUGCCCGCGGCCCCAUCGCGUUCCUUCUCUGCGCGGCACGCUGCUCGUUGGGCUCAUGGACAUCCCUUCGGAUCCUUUUUCACCAGAGCCCCACCACCUCUCCGAAUACCAUACCGCUCUGUCGCAUUAUGGCUCGUUCCAUUAGCAGGCGGUGUCGGUCUGUAUCUCCUCCCCAAACCACAAUCUCCUCUGAGCCCAAAUCUGUUUGCUUCACCGACAAUCAUCCCCUGCUCCAAAAAAUGUCGAAGAGAACCUUUCAUUAUCUCCCCCGCCGAGCCCGACUCUACUCUUCUUAACCGUAUACUAUCAAUCCUCCGCGAUAAUAUCUGGGAACCUAUCCUUACAGCCAAACGCUUCGUUCACUUAUUCUGCCUAUUUAUGCCGGUGAUUCUCUCGGCGCCAAUGCUGCUAGUAGGAGUGCCGGAACGCAGGUUGCAGGGAGAUAGAUGGGGAGCUGUCUGGUGGUAUGGUUUCUUGGUCGCUCAGAUGGAGUAUGCUGGGCCCACAUUCAUAAAGUUGGCGCAAUGGGCAGCAUCUCGUGCGGACCUAUUCCCUUCAUUGCUCUGCGAGAAGUUGGGCAAGAUGCACUCCCGUGGAAGGCCGCAUCCUCUUUCGCAUACCAGGAAAGUGAUCGAACGCGUCUUUGCGAAACGGUUUGAAGAUGUUUUCGAGGAGUUCGACGACGAACCCAUCGGCACAGGUGCAAUCGCUCAGGUAUACCGCGCCACAUUGAAGCAAGACCUACUUCCUCCAUCGUACUUCGACCCAAAGCGCGCUCCCAGGUCUGGCCCAGGCGCAAUAGCUCCUCACAUCCUACCAGAUUCUAUACCUUCUGUUCCUACCGCCGCCGUAGCUAUCAAGGUUCUUCACCCACGGGUCGCCAAAACCAUCGCACGAGACCUUACCAUUAUGAAGCUAUUCGCUCAUAUGAUUACGCUUAUCCCUGGGAUGGAAUGGAUAUCGCUUCCAGAGGAAGUGGAGGUGUUUGGGCGGAUGAUGUAUGAGCAACUCGACCUCCGACACGAGGCGAAUAACCUUGUGAUGUUCGAGACCAACUUCAUGACGCGCAAGGAACCGAUAACGUUCCCUCGACCUUUAAGGACGUUCUCUACCCAGGACUUGCUUGUGGAGGAAUAUCAGAACGCACUUCCCCUUGAAGCGUUCCUGAAGAAUGGAGGUGGACCGUACGAUGACCAGCUUGCAGAACUCGGUUUAGAUGCUUUCUUAAAUAUGCUGUUGUUGGACAACUUUGUCCACUCCGACCUCCAUCCCGGAAACAUCAUGGUCAAAUUCACAAAGCCUAGCACUUCGGCUCUUCUCAAAACCCUCUGGGCGUCCCUACUCAACGGCGACAAACAAUCUGUCACCGCGUUGGACCACGCAACCAGCCCAGAUUCUGAUGCCAUCGUCGAACGCCUUUCAGCACUCACCUCUUCACCAGAAGAAUGGCGAGCGGAACUCCACGACCUUCACACACAAGGCUACUUCCCCGAACUCGUCUUUAUCGACGCCGGCCUAAUCACCACACUCGACUCGAAAAACCGGCAAAACUUCCUCGACCUAUUCCGCGCUGUCGCCGAAUUUGACGGUUACCGUACCGGUCAGCUUAUGGUCGAGCGAUGUCGCUCUCCCGAACUUGCAAUAGACACGGAAACAUUUGCGCUCCGGAUGCAACACAUUAUGCUCAGUGUCAAGCGCAAGACGUUCUCGCUUGGCCAGAUCAAGAUAUCAGAUAUCUUGACGGAGGUGUUGAAGGCCGUAAGGCAGCAUCACGUGAAGAUGGAGGGAGACUUCAUCAAUACCGUGAUUUCGAUACUAUUAUUAGAGGGCAUUGGCAGGCAGUUGGAUCCUGGGUUGGACUUGUUCAAGAGUGCGUUGCCUAUCUUGAGGCAGUUAGGGAAGAAGAUGACCGUGCAGGAGGGUAUGAGCGAGUUACCGUCGGGGAACCUGGGCGCAAUGAUCAAGUUGUGGGUAUGGCUAGAGGCGCGCGAGUGGGCGUCAGCGGCUUUCGUGGAUGCAGAUGAACUUAUACGUUAUGACUGGCUCACCACAAGCAUAUAGACACCUCGCAGACAAAUGCAUCAUCCUUACUUUUACUGUACUACACUUUUUGCAUUACGUUUUCCUUGCAAUUG